CGGCGCCUAGCUCUCUGUUCGCCAUGCGUCCCGGGGCGCAGGGGCCGCUGUGGCCACUGCCCUGGGGGGCCCUGGCCUGGGCCGUGGGCUUCGUGGGCUACGUGGGCUCGGGGGACCCCUCGCCCGGGGGUGUCUGCUGGCUCCAGCAGGGCCAGGAGGCCACCUGCAGCCUGGUGCUGAGGACUGACGUGAGCCAGGCCGAGUGCUGCGCUUCUGGCAGCAUCGACACUGCUUGGUCCAACUUCACCCACCCAGGGAACAAGAUCAGCCUCCUGGGAUUCCUAGGCCUCGUCCACUGUCUGCCCUGCAGAGAUUCGUGCGACGGCGUGGAGUGUGGCCCCGGCAAGGCGUGCCGCAUGCUGGGGGGCCGCCCGCGCUGCGAGUGCGCACCAGACUGCGCUGGUCUCCCCGCGCGCCUGCAAGUUUGCGGCUCGGACGGCGCCACCUACCGCGACGAGUGCGAGCUGCGCGCCGCGCGCUGCCGAGGCCACCCGGACCUGCGCGUCAUGUACCCCGGCCGCUGCCAAAAGUCCUGCGUGCACGUGGUGUGCCCACGGCCCCAGUCGUGCGUGGUAGACCAGACCGGCAGUGCGCACUGCGUGAUGUGUCGAUCCGCGCCCUGCCCGGCGCCUACCAUUCCCGGCCAAGAGCUCUGCGGCAACAACAACGUCACCUAUAUCUCCUCAUGCCACCUGCGCCAGGCCACGUGUUUCCUGGGUCGCUCCAUCGGCGUUCGUCACCCUGGAAGCUGCGCAGGCGCUCGCCAGGAGCUGUCGGAGAUGGAGUCGGAGGAGGAGAACUUCGUGUGAGCUGCCGCAGCACCGCCUGGCGUUCGAGGCCGUCCCUCUUUUAUUUAUUGUCACAGCAGCAGAAUCUAAUUUAUGUCCCGCGGACUACUGAACCUGAGUGGGGAUUUCUUGGGGAUCCCAGAGCGCGCUGAAGAUGUCUUGGAAGGGCGGAGGGAAGGAGACCUCCCAAAGGGCCAGUGGAUGUGGCUGCCCUGGAGACGCAGCAUCAGGUUAGGGGACCUCCUGGGGAAGCCCAGCCCCUAUCCUAGGUACCUGCCCAGAGGACCCCGUUUCUGCUUCUUUGGAGAUGCCUGUCGGUUACACCGCCAGCGCACUGGCGGCCCCUGCUAAUGGUUUGUGAGAAGCAGGACAGAGGUGAGGAGGCUGGCUUCAAAGCACGGCGCUGGGGCCCAGGGCAGGUGCCCAUACCAGAUAAGCAAAAGGCCAAGGAAGUGGCAUGGUGGCCUCCUGGCCCAAGAACUACAGGUUCCUGCCUCCCCACUACCUCUGCCUCCCAGUACUUCCCGUGAGGGCCCUAAGAAAUGCCCCCAUGUUGCCUGAGCAGGGUCCCAUCCAGGCCUCCUGUUUCGGACACAUCUGCCCAGCACCUCCCAGAGGUUCAACUGGUGAGACUCCAUGGCCUCAGAUAUGGGGCAGCCAGCAUUCACCCAGAACUGUGUCCUGUGUCCUGCAAUGUGCUGUCCACUUAGGGAUGACCAGAUGGGGACCACGAGCCCCAGCUUACCCCAAGAGUGGGGACCAAGAUUGACCUGGGCAGCGCUGGGUUCCUGCUGCCCAGUGGCAGGCCUGGGCCAGGGCUUUAGACCCAGUUCCCCACUAGCCUCUAGCCACCUGUCAGCUGGGCUGGGGGUGGCCACACCAGCUAGUUCUGGAGCCAGUCCCUGAGGCUGUUAUUACCCUCCACUCAGACUGUGUUGGAGACCAGAGGCAAACCAGUGGGCACAGAACCCAGCUCCCUGGUCCAGGUGGAUAGUGAGGCCCUGCCCAUCUUUCUCCAGCCCAGAGAGCUGUGCUGCAAAUUCCAGUGAGCAUCCUGAGCCAGGGGUCCACUGCGCCCACAGGGCGGCCUUCCCACCCUGGGUUCUGCCUCACCCAAGAAAUAAAGACCGAAAAGGCUA